CUAAUCUGAUAAAAUAUAUUAGCCGAAAAUAAAGAAGAAUGUGUGUGGGGAAUAUGGCCACACAGAAACUAUGAGAUUAAAUCCUACCAUUAUUAUAUGGAGAUUCUCCAUCAAAACAUACUCUAUUUAAAAUUUCCAGCCUUAUGAGAGUUUGUAGAAAGAAUAUUUUUGUCAUUUAAAUUAUUAAAAUAAAAUACUUUUAGACUCCUAAAUCAAUAAUAUUUCAUACAAGAACAACACUGAAAAACGAAGCUAUUAAAGCAUAAAUAAUAACAUCACAGGAGAUAUUAUUGACUAUCAACAUUAAAUAUAUAAUAGAUUCCUAUUUUCGUCAAUAUGUAAAAAAAGAAGCUUGAAUGGUGUUAGUUUAUAUAUUACGUCUGUUGUGGAGCUUUUUUUAUGAUGAAUCCUAUAAAAAAAUUCAAGUUUUCCUAAAUUUUCUAUCCAUUAUAUUUUCAAAAAAUUCACCGAUGCUCGGUCAUGCUUAUCUCUAACUAUUUUUACUCAUUGAUAGUAAAUAUGUCCAAAUAAAAUAUUUUAACCUUAUGUGUGGAAUUUUAAACUCUUGGGUUAGUAGCUACCCCAAUUAAUAAUCUUUAAUUAAAAUUUGAUGAAAUGAAGGUGAAGAAGAAAGUCUAUUGAUGGUGGAGUAAUGAAUUCGAAAACAGUGAUAGUAAGUAGUGACAUUGUUGAUAGACUAUUGAUGCUGGACAGAGAGGCUUCAAUGAUGAAUUUGAAACUACAAUUGUUGUCAGAGAUUAUGAUACAUGUGGUGAAGCAAUAGCAAAGAAGUCUUAAAGAACAAUAACAACAAUUUCUAACAACACGAAGUAGAUCGAAGUGUAGUUUGAUAAAAAAAAUUUAAUAGUUAGUUCAUUUCCAUGUGUUCUAUGUUAUAUUUUCGACAAGAACUUCAGUUGAUAAACCGGUUAGCAUAUCAGAAAACUCUAUCAUGUAAGUCCUUUUUUAUUUUUUCAUUAAUUGAAUAGUUCAAAUCUUUUGACUUUUUAUAUCAAUAAAAUAUAUCUUGCUUCAUACAAUUACAAUUGUGGCUUAAGUGUUUGAAAUAAUGCAUCUUGCCAACGGGUAUGGUACUUUUAUUGAUGAACGGUUAGCAUAUAAAAAACGUUAUGAUGUAUGUUCCUUUUUUAUUUUUUUCAUUAAUUGAGUAGUUCGAAUUUUUAAAUUUUUUGUACCAAUAAAAAUAUAUCUUACUUCGUACAAUAACAAUUAUUGCUAAUAUGUUUGAAAUAAUGCCUCCGGCCAACGGGCCGGGUUCGAAUCUAGUAUCUCAUAGAUGGAUACCAUAUCAAUUAAAAGAGAGUAGGUUUUAUACUUGAAUCUAGAAGAUAUUUAAAUGAUACAUUAUUAUUGAAAGUGGACUUGUCAAUUUAAAUUUUAAGUUUACUAAUCGGAAACAAAGAAGUAGAUGUGUGGAAUAGUUCGGUCCAGAUUGGAUCAAGCUAAUGAGAAAUGUGAUCCAAUAGUGAAUACAAUUUAGGAUCAAGGAUCAAAAUAUCAUUGUUUUAUGUAUUUGGUCUGGUGUAAAUGUUAAUUCGAUUUAUUUUUGGUAUUUAUAACAUUCAUGAGACCAAAAUCGGAACACACUAUGUUCGAUUCAGUUUGAUCUAGUCUGAUACGAACGAAAUCGUUGCACCCACAUAUUAAGAAGUACAAAGACCCAGGGUCUCAACGUAGGCUUGAACCCAGGAGCUGCGCCUUCGGUUACUGGGCCGCUAGGUCAGACCCGAGGUGGGUGUAAGCCACAGUUCGGGGCAACUAAUGGGCGGGAACGGAGGAUUGGGACCCAUGGCCAUCGGGGCCAGAGUUCCAAGCGCAGGGGAAGGGCCACCAGGGUUGGGAUUUCAACACUUCAAUGAAGGAAUGGGCUCAACGAGCAAUUGGGCCGGAGUAAGUGGAACAGGGGCCCAAGGAGGACGCGGCAACGAAGCCCAAGGAGGAAGAAGCGGCGGGCCGGGAGAAAACAGGUUGGUCGGUGGCAGAUUGGGCUGGGUUCCACAACCUGGCCUGGGCAGUACGUCUGGGCUGCCAACCAGGCCGACUGGAAUGGGCCUGGGCAUUUUCGAUAACUCCAUAUUGUUGAUUCUCAAGUUAUUACACAUAUAAUAAUUGUAAUACCAUUGUACAACUACUAUUAUAAAACAUAAAUAUAUGUUACCUAAAGGUUAGAAACAGGGGAUUACCUAAGAAUUUAAUCAACUAAUUAGACAAUUGCUUCAUGAUGAAGAAUACCAUUCAAAAACAUUUUUCUCUUCCUGCUUGCCUAUCAUAAAUAUCAACUAAAUUAUGUCUUAAUCCACAAAUUCCUUUUGUAAUGCUAAGUUCAUUAAUCAAUAAUCACUAUUAUCACAAAGGCCAAAGCCCUUCUGUUUACACGUGGAGUUGACGAAUAACAUGUGUCAACAAACAUGACUAUGGUUCCUGAUUUCCUUCCCAUUCCCCUGAUAUCUUUCACAGCUUUCAGUGUGUUUUGCUUCUCUGUAUUCUUUAUCUAUAAUCCCGGAUUAUAGUUCCAUUUGCGUGAAGUUCUCGCUGCUACUCCGUAUCUUCUUUAAUUUUUAUUGAGAUUGAAUUCAAAAUUUAAACGACAAUAGAUUUCCAGAGUGUUAGAAAUAGAUAGAAGAAUCAGAAGUACUGCGAGGCUCUUAUACAAAACAGAGUGGCCAUGCAGAGGUCUUUACUUAUCCACGACUGCUCUGGAUUUUGUGAUUUGGAAGGAAGAGGCGAUGAAAGAGUUGCUGACGUUAAGGAAGGGACGAUGAAGCUGCAGACCCCAAUUUUGAAUUCAUUACCCAUGUUCUUCCUCUCAAUCCGACGAUGCAUUAUUUAUGAAACAAUAACUACAUUAGUUAGUUUUGUGUUUCUCUGUGAAUGAAUUAUUUAGAUAUUAUUAAUUUUAAUUAUAUUCAUAAAAUAUUAUAUAUAUUCUGAAUAAAGGACAAUGGUAGAUUGAAAUCCUGUCUCCGCGCCACUGCAUGCACUCCCUAUUCUCCGCUGAGCUUCGUCUUCCCAGCCACUAAGAGUUGGUCGAUUUCAGAUUUCUAAGAUUGUCCCGCUAUCACUCAGCUUUGACGGACCAGGAACGCCAUGAUCGGAAAACUGGGUUAGCCGUCAGGGGAUCCACAGAGUAAGAGUGACAAAAGGGGUGGGACUAAGAUUACGGCUUGCAGAAUGGAGUGUGAUUUAGGGUUCUUCGAUAAUUAUAUCAAGGCUUGUUUGAAGAAGAAGAUUACUAAUCGGUGUGAACUUGGCUACCACCGAUCAGAUUAUGGAAGAGUGAGAGAAGAUUCAGCAGGGUACCCCAGGUCGAUUGAGGAGAAACGGAGAAUUCGGCUGAGCGGCGAUUAGAACGCGGAAUGGAGUCCCAACUUGGCCAGCAGCCGAUCGAUCUUCGGAGGAAAACAAACGGGGUGGAGCAUCGACGGUAGACGAUUAGGUGGGAGUGAUUUGCAGGGAUUCACGGUAAACCUGCUCGAAUCGAUGGCCCAAAUAUAUAGAAAGAGGCCCAAGUAUAUAGAAACAUUGAAUGACGGCAAUCCGCGUGAGAAGCAGGGGAUUUAUUGUGCACCCUGGCACAUUUCACGGAACCCCUUAAGCAAUUAAACGCUAUUUAUAUACUAAUAAUUAAAAAUAUAUUUUUUUCACUCAUUUCAACUCUCAUCUCAUUCUCACCAUUUUCUUAAACAUCAUAUCAUUCAAAAUGAAUUCCAAGCUAAAAUUUUUCCAAUAUAAAUAAUGACAAUAA